ACAAAAACAAUAUGAUGAAGAAAUUGUUGCAUCCAGCUCAUGCCUUACAUUAUUCUGUAUAGAACAAAAGCUUCGAGCUGGACCCAGAGUUGUUGAAUUUUGGAAAAUACUUCUCAAUGCAAAAAUAAUCAUCCUGAUACCACAAGAUAUGGAAGAAGAUGAAUUAAAUGGUUUAGAAUCUUAUUAUAUGAUUGAAAAUAAUCAUGUUUGUCUAAACAAUGGUGUGAUUACUGACUUAGAUGGAAUGUUGUGCUUACCAGAUGGCGUGUUCUUUCUUGGACAGGAGUACAAAUAUGGAUCAAAACUUCUCAUACGAAAUUGCUAUUUGCAGUUGCUUGAACUAAUUGAGAAGAAUCGUAAACCAAGCCUCUCAGCUCAUACUGGUUGCACAAUUACUGGUACACCUGGUAUUGGAAAGACAUACUUUGGAUUAUUUAUUCUCUUCUACAUUCGUUACAGAUAUCCUAAAGCCACAAUAAUUUGGAGGGGAGAUGAAAAUAAUUGCUAUCAAUUCUUGUCUGAAGGUGAUGUCCAAAAGAGGGAUUUCCACCAGUUUAGCAAAACAUUGGAUAAUGCUGAAAACUUCUACAUUGCUAAUGCACAUGUUAUGACAUGGCGUUCAGCCUAUAAAAUCCUGCUCACAUCACCAAUGGUAGAAAGAUUCAAUGAAGCUGUCAAAUGGCCAGGUUUCACUCAAUAUUUCAUGCCAGUUUGGAUGCUUGAAGAAAUUACUGCACUUUGGACCACUCAAUAUAAGAACAGGAAGAAUGAAAAAGGUGAAGAAUUUACAUUUGAAUUAGUUGGGUCCUUGCUAGACAAGUGGGGCCCAAUACUCAGUGGUAGACUUGUACAUCUUGAUGUGGAUUCAACAAUUAUAAAAGUCAUGUAUCAUUUUGCUUCUCCAAUGAUAUCUAACAUAAUGAUCCAGGCAUAUGAAACUAAAAGAAGCUUCGCUACAGAACAAUAUAUCAAGGAGUCAGAGUGUAAUUGGUUCAUGACACUGAAUGAGGCAUGUAAAGAAUAUUAUAACAGGCCAAAAUCAAAGACAUUUGCAUCAAUUGAUUCUUUCAGCCUUGAUAACAAUACUUCGGCCUUGUACCAAAUCACUGUCUCAACAGAUCACAGCAUAAAGGUGAAAGGACUUAAUGACCUUGACCGUUUUCUCAUGUGGAAAAGAGAUGUGGAUAACAUUGAUCUAUACUUCGUCAUGCCAUCAGACAUCUUUGAAGAAUUUUCCUUUCAAAAAUACAAGACUGUCAAAGAUCAGGGCUAUCAGAAAAUUCCGAAACAGAUUAACAACAUAAACCAAUAUGCAUUGGAAGUAGCAAUAAGGAGAUUGUGA